CUUGCAGGGACAGCAGUUCUUGCAAUUGGACUAUGGCUUCGGUUUGAUUCACAGACCAAAAGCAUCUUUGAACUGGAAUCCAACAACACGACGUUUUACACGGGAGUUUACAUCCUUAUUGGAGCUGGUGCCCUUAUGAUGCUGGUUGGUUUCUUGGGAUGCUGUGGUGCACUGCAGGAAUCUCAAUGUAUGCUUGGCUUGUUCUUCCUCUUCCUUUUUGUGAUUUUUGCCCUUGAAAUUGCUGCUGCAAUCUGGGGAUUUGCAAAUAAAGAAAAGGUUAUUGAGGAGUUAAAGGAAUUCUACAAGGAAACCUAUGACAAGAGAUCUCAAGCAGGUGCAAGAGAGACCCUGAGAGCAUUUCAGUUAGCUUUGGACUGCUGUGGUCUUAGAGGACCUAUUGAGCAGGCGUUCAUGGACACCUGUCCAAAGAAGACCAUGAUGGAGUCACUUAGUGUAAUGUCAUGUCCUGAUGCCAUUGAUGGUGUCUUCAAUUCAAAAUUGAAUGUGAUUGGAGCAGUUGGCCUUGGCAUUGCUGUAAUAAUGAUUUUCGGCAUGAUAUUCAGUAUGGUUCUCUGCUGUGCUAUCCGCAAAAACAGGGAAAUGGUCUAA